CGAAACAAACUCUGUAAAAACAGAUUUGACGAUCUUUCCAUUAAAAAGCUCGCCUUUUUUGGCGUUCUUAUCCAAAAAAUUCCCAAACCCAUUUCUAUUUAUCUCUUUCUUCAAAUUUCCAAAUUUCCAACGUCUCAAUUUCCCAUAAAUAUUCACCCAUUUCCCUUUUUCAUUUCACAAACAACGAAACAAUCUUCACUCCCCCUUUUCCACUCUGAUCGAGAACAGAGUUAUUUGAAUCGUUUCUGGAAAUGGGGAGCUUAGAACGGAUGAUUCUCGUCACUGGUGGAGCUGGAUUCAUUGGUAGCCACACUGUUGUUCAGCUUCUUAAAGAAGGGUUUAGGGUUUCCAUUAUCGAUAAUCUUGAUAAUUCGGUUAUUGAAGCUGUUGAUCGGGUUAGGGAAUUGGUCGGCCCUAAACUUUCUCAGAAACUUGAGUUUAAUUUGGGGGACUUGCGAAAGAAGGAGGAUAUAGAGAAUUUGUUUUCUAAGACGAGAUUUGAUGCUGUUAUCCAUUUUGCUGGUCUUAAAGCUGUUGGGGAAAGUGUUGCUUUCCCACGUAGAUAUUUCGAUAAUAAUCUUGUUGGAACCAUCAAUCUCUAUGAGGUUAUGGCAAAAUAUGAUUGCAAGAAGAUGGUUUUCUCGUCCUCUGCAACUGUCUAUGGUCAGCCUGAGAAAAUUCCAUGUGUUGAGGACUUUGAAUUAGUGGCACUGAAUCCUUACGGUCGGACGAAGCUUUUCUUGGAAGAGAUUGCUCGAGACAUUCAAAAAGCAGAACCCGGUUGGGGAAUCAUCUUGUUGAGAUACUUCAACCCUGUUGGGGCUCAUGAGAGUGGUAAAAUUGGUGAAGAUCCAAAGGGUAUCCCUAACAAUCUCAUGCCUUACAUUCAGCAAGUCGCAGUCGGUAGACUACCGGAACUCAAUGUAUAUGGUCAUGUCUAUCCAACAAAAGACGGUAGCGCUAUCCGAGACUAUAUCCAUGUUAUGGACCUAGCUGAUGGCCACAUUGCUGCUCUUCGAAAACUUUUUACGAAUGAAGAUAUAGGGUGCACUGCCUACAAUUUGGGGACUGGACAGGGCACAUCCGUGCUAGAAAUGGUUGCAGCGUUUGAGAAGGCCUCAGGCAAGAAAAUCCCUACGAAACUAUGCCCGAGGAGGCCCGGUGAUGCAACAGCGGUGUAUGCAUCGACAGAGAAAGCGAAGCAAGAACUCGGUUGGACGGCAAAAUAUGGCAUAGAGGAAAUGUGCAGGGACCAAUGGAAGUGGGCAAGCACCAAUCCAUGGGGCUACCAGAAGAAACCUUAAAAAGUACAUUAUACUUUCAUACAUGUGCAGAAGUGCUGAAUAAGAAACCUGACGAGGAAGUGCUUUUACUUGCCUUGGUUCUUGAGUUUUUUAGCCUCUACCUCUCAUGCCCCAUCUUUGGUUCAUGAUAAUUAAAUAUAUACUUCAAUGGGUAUUUAUCAUUCAUAUUCCAUUUACUCCCUAGGCUUGACAUCUCUCAAAAAAAACGAAAUAUUACUCUUAAUCUUUCAUAGAUGUUACAAAACUUUUCUUCAAGUCAAAAUUUGGAGUCUUUAGUUAAAGAAUGGUGUGAACAAAAAAAAUUGAGCCUUGAACACCGAUACAUGAUAUACUGAUAUACAUGUUUCCAGUUUCAAUUCUCAUCUAAA